CUGCACAUGCUUCGUGCUGGUGAAGGUCACGACAUGAAAGAGAGACAGAGGGAGAAGAGAAGUUGAGAGAUGCUGAUUGGUCUUGCAGGACUCCAUGGCAACAGAUGCCGAUAAGAGAUGAAGCCGUCAGGCAAUAGAUGCCGAGUGUGUUUGAUAAGAGAUGAAGCCGUCAGACUGUAAGUGGCUCUUCAUGCUGGUCUGUUUGUAAAUCUGACCUCAUCAUCAUCAUCAGACUGCAGCAUGGAUGAAACAAGCGAGCGUCACAUGGUCAACCUCCGGCCCGCUCUGCUCUUCCGUACGGUGGGUCUGACGGGUCUGUCUGCGAGUUUACCACCCCAUCGUCGCCUGCGUUCAGUCUUAAACACGACCCGAAACAUAUCGGGUCAAUCUGUUGACCGUUCUGACCCGUUAACAGGUGGAUCUCACCGAAACACACCCUUAAACGGACUCAAACGCAUUCAGACGCGAGACAGGCAAUUACCUAAAAUUUCACGUGCAAAACCUCAAAAAGAUGAUGAGACAUCCAUGAAUGAACAGCCUCAAACAGUCAGCGUUCAGCGCUGGCAUCAUGACGGACGGUUAAACGCUACAGCGAGGACCCGCGGCAGAGACGUUGGAUAUAGGACUGAAAAGGAAGAGUACUUGUUUGAAGAAGUUUGGAGGGGACAGACGCUGAAGAUGACGAGAAAAAACAAAAAUAAACGUGUAAAAAUCAGAGACGAGGCAUCAGAGCUCAGCCAGUGGAUACAGAGUUUAGAAAUAACAGACAGGAAGAGGGAACAACACUGGAAUGACUCUGGUUGGCGGGGCUUCAGGGCGGAGCCAGUAUGUAAAUGGGAGGAGCAAAAGAGGAGAGACCGACGCCCACACUUCCUGCCGCCCAUCUCUCAAAGCGACUGUUUGCUUAACGUCCCUCUUCUACUUCCGGACAAUUCCCCGCCCCCGACGCCUUGCUCUCCGUCAGACAUCCUGUUCUUUCCUCUAUCUAUUCCUCACAUCCAAAGGAGAGGAGACGCUCCAGCUCAACAUCACUAACACUGUCUGUCACUUACUGCAAGUGGAAUAUAUGACAAAAACAUACAGACAAAAGUUUGGACACAUCUUUUAGUUUUUUUUUUAUUAUUAUUAUUACCACAUUUUAAAAUAAUUCUAAUGCUAUGAAAACUCUUAAAUCACACAAAUGGAAGUCUGGGAAUGAUGUAGUGAUCAAAAUACAAGAGACAAAUGUAAACUCUCUCAUGUGGAUUCGCACUCUAAACAUUCACCAAUCAAACUUCGUUAAUUUCCCACAUUCUUCAAAAUAUAUAUUUUUAUGUUCAACAGAAGACAGAAACUCAUACAGGAUUGGAACAACAUAAGAGUAAAUGAUUAAAGACUUUCAAUUUUCAGCAUUUCUGAGAAGUUUUACACAUACAAAUACUGGAAACAUUAAAGGUAUAGCGGAGGAUCUUUCCGAA